AAUGAUUCGUUACGUGAAAGUCCACCCUUAGCUACGUUACUAUUGGUUUGAAUCGCCUGACACAGGUCAAUGUUGACGGAGUUUCGCCUUGGCGUUUCGCGAGCGGGGGGGUGAGGGAGUCCCUGUUCUUGGCAUCCCCGAACGCCCCCGUAAAAUCCGUAGGAGAACUUUUCUCUUCAUCGUGUUAUUCAACUUAGAACGCAAACGGAAGAUUCAACCAUUGCCUUAGGCAUUGGCGUUACCCAAGAUUACGAGCAUUAGCCAUGUGGAUAUUGCUCGUUAGGAUUUACACCUUGUGCGUGAAAGUGCGUGCAUUUCAUACGUACCAGGGAUCAGGACCGUCGUCUUGCCAUCCGGUAAUCUCCGUAUGGUAUAUCUUGGGUAAUGCUAAUGCCUGAGGUAAUGGUUGAGUCAUUUGUUUGCGUUCCGAGUUCAGUAACGCGAUGAAAAGAAUAUUUCUCGUACGGAUUUUAGAGGGGACACUUUCAGGCUUGAACUUGGCGUCACGGGCCACUUAUUCCGCCAUUUUGACGCCACCUACAAGGGGUCACGGUUCAAGUUUCCAUACUGAGAGGCGAAGGAGUGCAUUCGAGAGGUAACCCAGUUACGAAAAUUCAGAUGAGGAAAUAUUGCGAUGAAGUUUCGUACAGUAGAAGGUUUGAGCUUCAAAAUUGUUUUUGAAAACCCUCGAUACGGUAAGAGGCUCAGUAGGGGUAUUCGAUCAAAGAUUUAUGGACAAUAAUCACUUCAGAGUCGCGUAACUCGUGUAAAAAAAAUCGUACUAAAAAUUUGAAGAACGCGUUUCGAAGGGGACACUUCAACCUUUGAAAUGACAUUGGAAAAAUCUGAAUUUAAACACCAAGUCACCCGGUGCAUCUUCUCAAAGUCAAAAGUUUACUUUACGUUUUCGACAUGAGUUGAAUCAAAAGAGUAUAACUAGCGAACAACACUACGCAAUCCAAAUUUACCGCAAGCAUCCGAAAGGUGAAGCUUCGAGCUUCAAAAUGCAUUUUUUUGCAACCCCUUACCCCAAUUUUUCGAGCAGCUACGACGCUUCGAAAUUGGACGUUUUUCGGAGCGAGAACAAGGUGAUCCGGUCAUUUUUAUUCGCUGUGUAUUACAAACAAAAUUCUCCAUACGAAGCUUAUCUAUUGGAAUCAAACUGCCGCAUAUGCAUAUUAGCACGUUCAAAUUCAAACGAACGGAUGACAUCGCCGCUUCAGUGCGGCUCCGCUGCGUUGUCAAGGGUCUCUAGUCAACGGCACAGUCAACAGCGUCACCUGUUGUGCCGAAGACUUGUCUGGAGAAGGAUUCGAAUGAAAUCGCUGAUGAUUUUGAAAAAAAAUGGUCAAUUUCCCCGUUGCUUUGGAGCUCUAGAUGUAAAACACCAAAUUCUCCAGGCACCCAUGUGUAAUAUCACCAAUGAAUAUCGGAUCCUAGAACAUUGCAUUGCUUCGUUUCCGUUGCUUCGAAAUGGAAAAAUUCAUAAUUAUUUCAUUAAUUGUCAAUGCCCCGAUGAUGUGCGGUUCAGGUAACUUCAAUUGAAAAGGAAGCAGCGUGAUGUGUUUGACGAUAUUGCAUUUUCUUCAUUCAACAUUGCAAGAAUCGGGUGAACAUUCGACACAUGAUCCACCUACUGAAAAAUAGUUACCUUCUGACGGUGACUCUACUUACAGUAUGUUGCUGUGAACACAGAUGGCCUCCAACGGACGUUGGAUUUUCCAUCUGAUGAAAGUGACCAAAGUUGCCAAUGGAAGUUUGAGAUGUAGCAACUGUUCUACCCACACUGUAUUCUGCUACAUCAGAAAUUACGUUAUCAACUUUUCACUCCCAACCAGGUGCAGCUUCUUAAAACUCAAGAUGACUACAAGAACAUCUGUUACUGUACAGUGCAUUGCUAGAAAUAAAACUAACAUUGAUGGUGUCUUUUAUUUCGAAUACCUAUCUAUGUAUUACAGAACAUUGCGAUCACUGUUGCAUCACAGAGAUCAAAUAUUAUGAUGCUUAUGACACAUAGCAAUAAAUAUGGGGCAAAGUACUCCACUUACAUGUCACACUUACACCUAUAUCACGACCAUUGCACGAUGACAGAUGUUGUACUUGUUGAUUAUAGACGAAGUGAAUAAACGCUGAAACAAAUGAUUUUCCCACAAA